CUCCCCUAACCGUCGCGAACGUAACCCACCUACAUACCUACCGCUAAGCUUGUGUUUCCAUUGCCGCGCCGAAAGACAGAUCGCCCGCCAUGGACUUCUCCGACUCUUUUCGCAUUGUCAACCUGGUUGUCGCGGUGUUGAUGGUGCUUGGAGGUGUCUCGCAGUUCUUCCCCGUCGGAUUCCAGUCAUCGAUUAUUGGUGUUUACGUGAUCAUCUUUGGGUUGGCAACCGGUCUACUUGAGUUCCAGAUCCCGCCCCAGGUCGGCCGCUACGCUUCGUUCCUGUUCUCUUUCCUCGGUCGUGGUAUCUUCUACAUCUUUGUCGGCUCCAUCCUGCUCCACGGUCACUGGACUCGGAUCGUUUCCGGCUCUAUCGUCGGCCUGAUCGGCGUCGCCUACGCCGCCCUCGAGUUUAUCCCGUCCAUUGAGCCCCCGGCGAACAUGCGCGAGGCGGAUGCCGGCUGGGGUGCUGAGCAGGUUUAAGAGCUGCGACCUACAGGGCGGUCUCCUCUAAUCCUGCGUGCGGAGGCUCUUGGCGGGCUUCCGCGUGCUGGAAAUGCGAGCGAAGACACUCCAUGGGAGGAGGGUGUUGUGUGACGCAAGAAUAGCCAGGCGAGCUAUGCUUGUAGUGGAACCUAGGGAAACUUGGGGAGAAUUUGGGAGAACGUGAGAUAUUUGGGCGAGGAGUUGUAUUGGGAGAGUGUUGGGCGGGGAGCAAGGGUCAAUUCAAUGAUUUGAUCUAAGUUGUUG